ACGAAGUACUGGUUCGGAAGCGAACGCGUGCGCUCGUUGGCUAGUUCAUUUGGCGACAGCUGACGGUCAGUCGCCACUGGGAGACAAAUAUAGCAGCAUGCUCUUGGACACCCCUGGCUCGGCAUUAGCAGCAGUGGGGUGCCUCAGUCGCAUAAACAGUGUUCGCUAUUACUACGGAGCAGUCGGUGGCGGUGUGCCGCGCGCUGCAGUAAGUGUUGGUCGGUGCUUCAGGUGCGCGCAGUCCGGAGGGGUCCUUCACGCGACUGCCUUGCGAGCAGAAAGCUGUGGCCGACCUGGUGAUGGAUGUUCUUGCUUGCGUCUGCACAGCCAUCGCCACGGCCCUCACAAUCUUCAUCUCGGAGGCGAUAUGGCACAGGCACAAAUCGAAAACUGAUAAUACGAAAGGACAUCAGAGCAGUGCGUCCAACACUUCAGGGACGAAAACUUACUCCAGUGAAGCUGUGCAAGUACCCGAAGCUAAUGGGUUAGAUAGCUCCGCUGGAUCGGAAAACAUUGAAGCAUUCAGUAGCUAUACGGACCGCAGUGCUCAUCAGAGAAAGAGGAGAGAGAGUCGUGGUAGUGAGGAAGUAAAUGAUACAAUGGGUGAAAAAGAUAACCUUGCCAAAAUAAGAGUUGUGACCAAUGAGCUCACAGACACUACUCGGAUAGUGAAAUCAGAUGGACAGGAUCUGUCUGCAAAAUUGGAGAGAAAGGUGUACAUCGGAAGCAGCGAUGAAAGCGAUUUGAACGAAGUCUUUUUCAACUUCGAGAAGACUGCCAAAGAGGACAAGGAGAACAAUGUGGACGUGGUCGCAGACAAUAAUAGGAACCACGAGACUGAGACGAAGUGUUACCCGAAGCGGACAAGGCGAAUGUCCGAUGUGAUAGACUCCAUUGGUGACUCGUUUAGUUCGGAUAAGAGCGGUCGCUAUUCGCGGAAGUCCAGCAGUAGCUCCCCGCCAGCCACUCCCCCAUCCGACGCCGGUUACAGCAGCGUCCACUCGACGCCGUCGCACACGAAGCCAACCAAGGCGACACCUUGCAGGGUGAGCGACACAACUGAUGCCGGCUGCGAUAUUAGAGCCAAGUACGAAUGCCAGGGCAGCGCGAAUGCUGCACCUACGGAGAUGGAGGAGAAUGAGACCACUGAUGCCGGCCCCAUCAGCCAGCAGUUCGAGGACAUUAACGACAUGAUCGUCGGUGGUCCUGUUAUUGAGGCUGUUAUGCCUGUUGCAAAACACGCUGAAGAAUAUAAUAUGAAUCAUCCUCGUAGAGGACACGCAGUCAUUUUCAAUAAUGACACAUUUGAUACACCAGGUGUUAGUAACCGAUCUGGUUCAGAUGCUGAUGUUAAAAAUCUGAACCGUCUUUUCACAGCUUUGGACUUCGAAAUUACAGUUCACCAUAACAAAGAAUACAGUGAAAUAAAAAAGAUACUACUGGACUUGUCAAAGGAAGAUCACUCCGAUGCUGACUGCAUCGUAGUAACGGUGCUAACUCAUGGUUUGAAAGAAGGUUAUAUUCUCUCAAAGGAUGUACCUUACUCUGUUGACUACUUGUGGAAACCAUUUACGGCUGAUAAAUGUACCACGUUGGCUGGAAAACCAAAAAUCUUCAUUGUGCAGGCUUGUCGAGGAGAGGAAGUGGAUCCUGGUGUGAGGUUAGUUCGCUCAAGAACUCAGACUGACUCAUCCCAAGAGGCGUACAAAAUUCCAACACAUGCGGAUUUUUUAAUUGCUUACAGCUCUGCUGAAGGCUUUUAUUCAUGGCGAAACCCUGAAAGUGGUACGUGGUUCAUCCAGUGCUUGUGUGAAGAACUUAUGGCCCAUGCUUCCACAAUGGAUCUCCUUAGGGUUCUAACACGUACUGCACGGAAAGUUGCAGUGGAAUUCGAAUCAUUUAAUGAUGUUGUUUUAUGGCAACAUGAAAAGAAGCAAGUUCCAUCUGUCACGACGAUGCUUAUACGAGAUGUGUACUUUCGUCCUAAAAAAUGAUCAUUUUCAUAGUUAAUUUAUACAAAAUCAUCACAAUGUUGCUCAAAUUCACUUCAAAGCUUCAUAGAAAAUUGGGUGUUUGAUAUAAUUUGAGAAUUUAUAUUGGAACAAUUGCCACCUGCCAUGACAUUUUAAUACGUGUGUUCAUAUAAAACUUGUGAUCCUAAAUGCGUGAUCUCAUUUCGUUUUUCUGGCUGUGAAUAAUACAACUUGAUUGUGUAAACAAAUUAUACAGCAACAGAAAUAUUUAUUCAAAUGAAAUGACUGAGGAAAUAAGUUGCUUUUGCCUAUUUAGAUUUUUAUUCAGAAUCUUUCAUGAGGUUACCCUCGUAUUACCAUUAGAGAAUUUCGUUGUUUUUUCCUUUUUCUGUGUAAGAUCAACUAUUAUUAUAGAAACUGUU